CCCAUUAGGGGGACAAGCAGUCCUACCGGGUGGGGCCCAAUAAUUGGAAGGGCCUAAAAUCUGAAGAAAGCCGAAGUAGCCAAACGCCCAAACCUACGAACGGAAAUUGAAGAAAGAAGUCGCCGAAAGAGAGUCGCCGCCGACUGCCAGACGCCGCCGCCCGCCUGCACGCUCCACUUCUCCAGAGUCUAGCCGCUACCCGCCAGACGCCGCCGCCCGCCUGCACGCUCCACUUCUCCAGAGUCUAGCCGCUACCCGCCAGACGCCGCCUCUCUGGAAACUCUCCAGCCUCCAAGUCCAGGAGUCUAGGUACGGAGAGAUAGAUUCACAUAAAGACAGUUGAGUAUACAACGACUGGAAACCAUGGGAAAAGCCAAAUCCCAAAAAGAUAAAAAUCAUAAAAUCCAGCGCUGGGAGUCAGAGAUUAACGAAAUCAAGCUCCUUGAAGAAUGGAUUGAUUCGGGGAAACCCGAGUGUGGUGUAAACCCACUCUCGAUUGAACCAUUACCUGAUGAAGCUCCAGUAGGCCGGCAAGCGGACGGGUCAUUCUCCAAGUAUGUCGGAUGCACAAGAUUCCGUCAACUGCCUCUGUCGAAGAAGACCCGUGACGGACUGGCUGGAGCUAAGUAUAAGAUUAUGACUGAUAUCCAGAGGGCUUCGCUGCCCCAUGCGCUUUGUGGUCGUGACAUUCUUGGUGCUGCCAAGACUGGAUCUGGAAAAACUUUAGCUUUCGUAAUUCCGGUACUAGAAAAGUUGCAUAAAGCAAGAUGGGGUCCAGAAGAUGGGGUUGGGUGCAUCAUAUUGUCUCCUACAAGGGAAUUGGCUGACCAACUGUUUGAUAUAUUGAGAUCUGUUGGAAAGCAUCAUGAAUUUAGUGCUGGCAUGCUGAUUGGUGGACGAAAAGACAUCGACACUGAAAAAGAACGUGUAAAUGGGAUGAAUAUCUUGGUCUGUACUCCAGGCCGGCUUCUUCAGCAUAUGGAUGAGACUUUAAAUUUUGAUUGUUCGCAGCUUCAGAUAUUGGUCCUCGAUGAGGCAGAUCGUAUUCUUGAUGAAGGAUUCAAGAAACAAUUGAAUGCAAUAAUUUCACAGUUGCCUAAACACCGACAAACCUUAUUAUUCUCUGCAACACAAAAAAAGUCUAUAAAAGAUCUUGCUAGGCUCAGUCUAAAAGAUCCAGAGUACCUGAGUGUGCACGAGGACUCUAUUACUGCCACUCCUAGUGGUUUGAUGCAGACAGCAAUGGUUGUUCCUCUUGACCAAAAACUGGAUAUGCUAUGGAGCUUUAUAAAAAAGCACCUGAAUAAAAAGAUAUUGGUGUUUCUUUCAAGUUGCAAGCAGGUAAAAUUUGUUCAUGAAGCAUUUAGGAAGCUUCGGCCUGGAAUUCCACUUAAAUGUCUUCAUGGAAAGAUGAAAAUAGAGAAAAGGAUGGCAAUAUUAUCCCAAUUUUGCGAGGAAACCAGAUCCGUUCUUUUCUCCACAGAUCUUGCUUCACGGGGCCUUGAUUUCAACAAGGCUAUUGAUUGGGUUGUCCAGGUGGACUGUCCCGAAGAUUGUGCAGCUUACUUACAUAGAGUUGGCCGUACUGCUCGUUACAUUUCUAUUGGGAAAUCUCUUUUGUUUGUUAUGCCUUCUGAAACAAAAAUUGUUGAGAGGUUAGAAGAGAAGAAGAUACCCCUUCAAGUCACAAAGGCAAAUGCAGAGUUCUUGCAAUCUAUCUCCGGAUUAUUAGGUGCCUUGCUGGUUGAGAGUCCUGAACUACGACUUCUGGCACAAAGAGCAUUCGCAACUUAUGUGAAGUCUAUUUAUAUACGGAGCGAUAAAGAAAUAUUUGAUGUCACAAAGCUUCCGCUUGAGGAGUUUUCUGCUUCUUUGGGUCUUCCAAUGAUCCCAAGAUUAAGAUUUUUGAAGCAGAAAUUAAAGGGUAAGACUGUGUCUGAAGCCUUAGCUGCCAUGCCAGAAAGGAAUGAGAAUUUGCUGGAAUUUCCAAUUAAGAAACCAGAUGCUGUAGAAUCUGAUGAUGAUGAUGAUACCCUUAUUUCUAAAGACACGCUUACUGCAAGUAACAUUAAAAUAGUCGGGCCUGCAGAUAAUAUGCCCGCAUCUAGAGUUUUGAAGAAAAAGAAGCUAAAGAUUCAUGCGGGUAGACCGUACGGGACACGGGUUGUAUUUGAUGAGAAGGGUGACACAUUACCUCCACUAGCAAAGUUAGCAGAGGCAGUGGUUGAUGGGGAUAAAGUUUCUCUUGACAUAAACAAAGUUAAUGAAAGAUAUGCCAAUCUCAGAAAAGAGUUGAAGAUGGUAGACAAAGAUGACAAAGAUUUGGACCGUCGGCGCCGGAAAGAGAAACGACUCAAGGAGAAGAUGAAGUUGAAGAGAGGGAGAGACAGAGAAUGUGAAGAGGAAGAGGAAGAAGAGGAAGGGGAUCAUUUGUGUUCAGAUGCCGACGCCCGCAGGGGUAAAACGGGAAAUAAAAGGAUUCGUUUUGAUAGUGAUGAUGAUGAUGAUGAUGGGAAGGAGAACGGUGAGACUUCUAAAGCGGGUAUGAGGACGGAUCCUAUUUCCUUGGCAGAGCAAGAGGAAUUGGCUCUCAAACUGCUCAGUAACAUGCACUCAUAACCCUUUAUUUGAUGGCUUAGAUAUACUCCGUAGUGAAUAAAGCCUUGGUUCUUAC